CCUUGAUUCAUUUCGCGCGCGCGCCUUUUCGCGGUUGCCUAGCAACUGUCAGUUCAUUGUUUAUAUGGAGUAAAUUGACACCGUCGGAAUGUUGAAAUGAGGUUAGAAAAUAAAAUAAUGCAAACAAUAAUGGCAAUAAUCAACUCAGUGGUAUGAAGAAAGCUUACAGUGUUGUAAACGCACAGCAAUUUAAUUUAACAUUGACUCAGCGACGUCCAAAGUCAUGUGUUGAACGUGUUCGUAACAAGAAGACUUAUGAAAGUUCUGCUAAAGAAAGCCAUGGUUUGUAUUAUGCUAUUAAAACUUUAUAAUGAAACUGUUUGAAUUGGUUUCUCGUGCAAUUUAUUAGAAAGAAACAGUCAUAAGAUAUUCAAAGACUACUAAUUGCACUCGUCUUUCGGAUUCGUGCAAUCACGUACUGCAAGACUGUGUUGUCUUUGAAGUAUUCACACGUGCUUGUGUCUUCCACAUUCCAGUGUACAUAUAUAGAGGGAAAUACCCCCUAUGGGGGAGGGGUUCUGGUGAAAUUUUCUUAAAGAAACUUACAUCAUUAACGUUUAUUGUCACCAAUUGCCAUUAGGCAUGACGAAAUCUAUUUGUUGACGGCCCCUUACAUUAAUAAAUGCUGAAUCGAACUGUAGUAUUUUGUUCUUGUUGGCUGCAUGGAACCGAAGGAAAGCUGGUGGACUUUGGGAUCUUUUAACAAUAGUGUCCGGAGAUAAGGAGUUAAUUCAAUCAUUCAAGCAUGCAUCUAGGAUGGUUUACUGGAGGUGCACACCUUUCCUUGCAAAGGGAGGUGCUAUAAUUUCCUUAUCAAAUCAUUUUUUAUUUGAAAAGGCAAUUAUUAUAAUCCUACCGCCCUUACCACCAGCUAUGCCAUGGACCCUGCAAGGGGCGGUGUUUUGCUGGUGCCCCAGAACACUUCUUCCUGUCAGUCGGCCUGGCAGUGACUGUCACUUGGAUGACUUGGUUGAAUCCAAACAAUGACCAUGGUUUGAUGAGCAACCCCCACAGCAAAAAAUUGUAAUUUUUUAAUGGUUUAUAAAGAUUUACAUGUUGAAACCUUUCAUGGAUAAAGUGAACUCUUACCAUUAUAGUUAAUUUACCAUUUUCUGUACCGGUCACUACUAGCUGUCUGGCUGGAAUGGAUCCCACCCCUGGUCACUCAGUGCAUGACCCAACUCAAGCUCCAGGUCAUUGGCCUUGUCCCAAUUGUUCUGGAGCAUGUAUACUGAUGAGUGCAGAACAUGCAGGGGUUGAAAUAAACAGGCUGUUCAUCUGGUGACCAUAUAUUUGAGAAAAAAACUAAAAUAGUUAAGUAAUUCUAAAGUCCUAAAAUAUCCCUGUGACAGUGUGACCUUCUUUUGCCUAUAGUUUACCAACAGAUUAAACAACUUUUUUUAUGUUGUAUAUAUGCAUAAUACUUGACAACAAAUUGAUUUAGGGAGACCUGAUGUUAAAUGUGGCAACUAGAUCUUAUUCAUUUCCACUUGGGCAACUAAAAAAUUUUUAAAUUUCAACCCCUUGUACAGAAUCGGGAGGUGCAUACCAUCAGUUUGUCUGGUGCCAAUGGGCAAAACUUUACUUUCCUUGCUGUCAUGAUGUAACAACAAACUACCAAGAACUGAUUAUGCUACCUGACAUGUGACAGCUAGGUUUUCUACUCAGCAAAUCAGAUGUUGUGAUUCUCAAUCUAUUCAAAAGUCUGGAUGAUCCAGACUUUGGAUCAGACUCUCGCCUAAUUAUGGAAUAAAUCAAGUAUACUGCUUUCAACCAUGCUAGAUUGUUUUUAAUUUUCACAGAACCAGGAAAAGAUAGUCAGGAAAAUAACUUGCUGGAAGACACAAAAUUUUGAUAAAUUAGAAAUGCCACUAAAAAAUGGUUUCUUAUGAGAGCUAGUUGAUGAGAGUUAAUGACAGUUUUUAACUUUUGCUUGCAUUUGACCAUCAACUCCUCUCAUGCAGUCUUAUCACCUCUCAUCAACUUUAAUUAAACUGGUUCAAAUUUUGAUGAGAGUUGAUAAUUAAGGUUUUGUGCCAACUCUCACACAACUCUUGUUCUCAUUCAGUUGAGCAGGGCAUGACAUUGAGAAAACUUUAUGCAAACUCUUGCUUGUCAACUCUUAUCCUUGUUGGGCCAGUGUUAUUUCCAGAAUCCUGUGGUACAGUACUGUAUGUCAUUUGUAAAGUGAGACAUGCUGAAUUUGAAAACUAGACAUGCAUGCAAACUCAAAUGUCUGUGGAACCUCAGUGCUGUGCACUAUAAUAGCCCAGAGGUUCAGUAAUAUAUCUGUUUGAUAUACCCAAUUAACCAAUCAGAUGCGUUUGAUCUACCCGAUUAAUCAAUCAGAUGCGUACUAAGCCAUGAGUGAUAGGUAGCGAUAGUCAAAUCUGAACCUCUCUAACACAACAACAGUACGAUUUAGCGUAACUAUGUUAAUUGGCAUUAUAAUAUUAAAUUGUAUUUUAAAAAAUAGUAGAAAGAUGUAAAAGUCAACAAGAAGUAUCUCGGUUAUCAUCCAAUAACCAACGUUUAAUCAGUCAUGAAUAUCUCGGUUUGAACUCGGAGGAAUUAAAGGAAAUAAGCAAUGGAAUUAAAUCACAAGUGAGUCAGUCACUGAGAAUACCUUUUACUGUAUGUAGUUUAGAAUUUUUAAUUUUUUUGCCAUAUAAGUUUGGAACAUUAAACUAUAAUUGUUAACGUUUUGAAGGGUUUGUCCUUGCUAUGCUUUGUGUUGUUUGGUAAUUAUUUUCCCAGCAGUUUUAUUUUCUAUUCUUUAUUUUAACAUAUUAACAUAUAGCAUAAACAUAGUCAUAGCGUAUUUUGCAAAGCACUAAUAAAGCAGGUACACACGUAAAAACGCACAAGUUGUAACAAGUCUGCAAACAAGCUGUUACAAGUCUGUUCACAAGCUGUCAACAAGUUGUGUUCGCAUUGCUUGAUCCCAUAGUGCAGUUUAUUGUAACAAGUUUGAAACAAGCUGUUAACAACUUGUAACAAGCUUGAUGGCAUUAUCACCCUUGUUACAAGACUGUGCUAACAAGUUUGUUACAGCCAUGAUAUAACGAGGAUGUUACAAGGUUGUCAACACAAGGUUGUAACAAUCUUGUUAUAUCAAGCAUGUAACGAACUUGUCAGAACAACCUUGCAACAAGUCUGAUAAUUUCGACAAGGUUGUUACUAGUUGUCAAGAAGUUGUUCCAAAUCUGUUGACAACUUGUGACAAGCAGUGCGAAUACAUCUUGUUGACUGCUUGUUGGCAGACUUGUUACAAGAUGUGAGAUUUUUACGUGUGUACAUAUGUUUGUAUCACAAGACGCGUGAUAUGACGCAUUCUUUUUGCAGGGUGCAACGCAUCUUGUGAUAAUUGUUUCAAUAUCGGUUCAAUAGUUCUCAAUUAUCACAAAACGAAAUACAAUCGCACAAUCAUGCACACUACAGUAUAUAUAAUGCACUUCGUAAUAAUAUUAAUAAAACCUUUGCAUCGUGCUAAAAGUAAAGCAACACAAUGUCAUGAUGACAUGUGAUAUUGAGAAGAACAGUAGAACCUCGCGUUAGUUACAAACACAUCAUUAGGACAUUACAAAAUAAUUACUUGAUAUUCACGAGCAGUGGCGUGUUGGCCCCUGUUCGCCAGGGGAAGCCACUUCUGAGAAUUUGGCGCCCCCUGAGAGACAAACUUUUCCCCGAUGUACGUGAAAUUGCCCGACCAAUACAAAUAUUUUUUAUAUAUACAAUUCAGUUAAGACAAUUUGCAAACGUUACAAUUAACGUUUUUGUUUCAUUUCAUGCAGUUCUGGCGCUUUAAGCUUUUGUGCCCCCAAAUGCCCCCCCCCCCUCCCCCACCUGCUAGGAUGCCAGUGUUUACGAGAAUGCUUGGUAAUUGGAACCAAUCAUCCAGUCCAACUUAUCAGGACCGUUAAGCGGGCUUAUUUAUCUUUAUGUUUGCGUCUUGAUAAUUCGGUUAUACUCCCAUUUAGAGAAUUAACCAUUGCAUAACCAUUGCAUAUUGUUUCGCCCAUGACUUUAAUAAAGUUAGUGCAAGCUAAAUUAUAAAAUAUAAAUUUAAAAUAAAUUUGUAAUUUUUAUUCAAUAUUUAGCAAAUCCUGAUUUCUUCAGCGCUACGCCGACCACAUGCUUCGUGGUAUUCGCUGCUUGACUCACAAUCUAUACCAGAGCCAGCUAAACCACGACGUCCUGCAUAUCGUCCAAAGUCAGCCAGUACUGUGUAUUCGUAUGCUGAAAGACCUGUGUCUGCAUGUGAGAUUUCAAGUCACCUUGGACGACAAACUAAAGCCAGGUAUUGAGCAUCAAACUCCACUCUCAUUCACCGUAAACUAUAUGUCGCAAAUUAGACUGCUGAUAUUCAGGUUUUAUCAAUUAAUAUUCAGAUAUUAGACCAUUUGGUCCUAACCAGACUAUCUUUAAGAUAAAUGAGUUUGGUUAUAACCAGAAAUCGUUAAGAUAAAUGAGUUUGGUCAUAACCAGAAAUCUUUAAGAUUUAAAACAACCUGCAUGGUUUUGGCCCCAAAGACACCACUAUAUCUAGUACGUCCUGUUAUUUUGGUUAUUUCGCUUGAUUUCUUUGAAAGUGGUCAUUGCUUGUUUUCUUUGAAUAUACAAUUACUUUAUCAUGGUUUCCGUGUUUGGAUGGCCUGAUCCAAACACGCGUGAAUGUUGCGAGAGUUAAGAAAAGCGCGCGACAUUCCCAAGUGUUUGGAUCAGGCCAUCCAAACACGGAAACCAUGAUAAAGUAAUUGUUUUAUAAAAUAACAACAACACGAUAGUCUUCCGUGUUUGGAUGGCCUGAUCCAAACACGGGUUUCGACCAAUCAGCACGCGUUGUAUACAUGUUAUUUUAUAAUAUACAUACAUACAUACAUAAAAAUUUAUUUAAACACGUUAGCCCUAACAUCUUUUGAUGGUUUCCAUAGGGGACGUGUAAGAAUAAGACUAAUACAUAUACAUAAUACAAACUAUUUACAUGAUUAUUUUGACAAAUUAACAAACAUAAAUAAAUAACAAACAUACAAAACUAUUUACAUACUUAUGGUUUUCGAAAAUGUAGUUUCAUUAAUCUUUUGAAACAACUCAAAGAAUUGGAUUGUUUAGCAGUAAUUGAUAAGUUAUUCCAAAGAGUUGCUCCACUAUAACUGAAGGUCUUUUUCUUAAAUUGUGAUUUUGGGAAUGGAAGUACCAGAUCUGUUUGAGAAUUUCUUAAUUGGUGUGUAAUUGGACAAUCACUUAUUUUCAAAAAAUUUUCUUUCAGGUUUGGAGCAGUUUCAUUAUUUAAGAUUUUGUAAAUAAAAAUGGAUUUCAAGUAUUUUCGCCUAUUGUCGAGAGUUUGCCACCCCAAAGUUGCAAGAACAUCGGCCGACCUAAUAUCAUAAGAUGCUCCUGUUAUUACUCUAGCAGCUCGGGAUUGACAUUUUUGUAGUUUUUCCUUUAGGACGAUUCCACAGGUAUCCCACAAUUGACAGCAGUAGUCAAAAUAGGGUUGUAUUAAGGCGUUGUAAACUGUUUGUAAGAAUUCCUGAGGAACACAGGUUUUCAUACGUUUAAUUACUGCAAUGCCUGCAUUGACUUUCUUAAUAAUCAUAUCAAUAUGAUGUUCCCAGUUCAAUUUUUCGUCUAAAGUGACACCGAGGCAUUUGUAGCAAUUUAAUCUUGGGACAGGAACAUUAUUAAUUAAUAUUGGUAUUCCUUGAGGUAUAUUCUUAAUUUUAUAAGGGGAUGCAAUAAACAUACAUUUAGAUUUCUUAGGAUGAAUUUGUAGCUUAUUAUUCUCCAUCCAUUGCGUAACAAUAUUUAGGUCAUAAUUUAUGUUGUCAAUAAGAUCAUUUACAUUGUGUGAUGACGCGUAAAUUUCCGUGUCAUCAGCAUAAAGACCCGGCGUGGUUUUUUGGAGACAUUGUGGUAGGUCAUUGAUGUAGAGCAAAAAUAACAACGGCCCCAGGAUCGACCCCUGGGGGACCCCACAUUUUAAUUUUCCAACGGAGGAUAGUAUCCCAUUAGCUACGCAUUGUUGUUCCCUAUUCGUUAGGUAUGAUUCAAACCAGAGUAAUUCAUUACCGCUAAUGCCAAAGUUGGAUCUUAUUUUACUUAAUAAAAUAUUGUGAUUUAUUGAAUCAAAAGCUUUCCGUAUGUCUAAAAAUACUAUACAGUUUAUUUUCCCCUCGUCCAUGUUAUUUAAGAUUUCGUCACAUAUUUUAAUGAGGGCUGAUAAGGUUGAGUGUUGUGGCCGAAAGCCAGAUUGAUACUUUGAGAGAAGAUUACUUUCAUUCACGUACGUAUACACUUGCCUAAACACUUCUUUUUCAAAGACUUUACUUACAAUUGACAAAAUAGAAAUGGGUCUAUAAUUUUCACAUUUACUUUUAUCUUCAGAUUUGAAGAUAGGAAUUACUCGAGCUCGUUUCCAAUCGUUAACAUAAAUACCGCUUUGAAGAGAUAAAUUAAAAAUAUUCGUUAAGGAAGGGGCAAUAAUAUGGGCAGCUAGUUUUAGUAUUUUCGUUGGGAUGGCAUCUAGGCCAGUGGAUUUAUUUGCUUUAAGGUGUUUCAAAUUACAGAGGACACUAUCAACCUUAAUGAGAGAAAAAUUAAAUUUAUUAUUAGUUUGGGAAUGGAUGUUUGUGUCAGAGAAAUAAAGAUUUUCUCCACAUUCGUUUGGCGUAUCAUUUUUAUCAGGGUACACUCCAAUGUUGAUGAAGUGUGUAUUAAAAUGCUCCGCAAUGAGAUUAGGGUCUGUGAUGACAUUUUCACCAACUUUGAGCUCACUAAUAUAAUUGGAUUUAUUUUGUUUCCCUAGCAGGGAAUUUAUUGUAGACCAGCAUUUUUUUAAAUCCUUAGUUUCUGCACAUUCAGAUAUUUUGUUGAUAUAGAAAGUAUAAUGUGAUUUCUUCAGACUAAAACUUGUUUUGUUCGUACAAUUUUAACUUGUUUUGUUCUGGUACAAUUUUAAAACCGGUGAAUCGGUACACCGUGAUCAGUGAUAAUUGGACAAUAACUAUAUUUGGUGUAGUUCAAAAAUGACUAGAUGGUACGACAUAGUUUUAUCUUAUUUCAGUCUUCUCAGAACCAAGUCUGCAUACGACGUUAGGCCAGCCUCAAAUGAACCUCCAAGUAGUGAGAAAAUAAGAGAAAAGAAACCUUGCGUUGUGCGUAAGUACUAUUAAACUAUACUUUUUACUUUAUAUGGAAUAUAUGUCUUUAUUUUUUUGCUGAUUUACUAUUGUUUCGUGCAAUAAUAUAAAUUCGUUUUUGUACAGGGAAAGAGUAUUUAAUGCACAAGAAUUCAUUAACACCUAAGGAGUAAGUUUCAAUCAUGUCGUCUUCUCAUCUGGAAGCUCACUGAACGUCAUUUGUAACUGGAGUAAAGGGCUUUUACACCAGUACAAUUUGCUCCUGAUGGAUGUGAACGAGUGGAUGAGUUAUGGAUGUUCAGAUGAGGUUACACCUUACACGUACUCAAAACAUUCAUAAUCAUCUACUCGUUCACAUUCCUCAGAAGAAGACGGUGUAAACAGAAGUGUAAAUGGGCCUUAAGGCCGUUUUCCACUUCAAGCGUAUCGUACCGUAACGUAUCAGAAACGUUUUUAAAUUUCAAAAUUUCGUGAAUGUUGAUUGGUUAGUACUUCCGUAGUACGCCAAAAAGUUGACUUGCGACGAACUUUUUAUUUUGAUACGCGAAUACAACAAUACAACCGGAAGUACGUGGUUUUAUAAACCUCUUUUCAAUCUGCGCAUGCUCACCAGUAUGUUUCGCUACGAUACGGGCGAAGUGGAAAACCGGCUUUAAGAAUUAACUUAGUUACGGGAAUGCGCGCCAUGUUAAAAAAGACAGCGGUUAGGGAGCUACAUGUACUGUACACCCCACGACCGUCACAAGUGACACAACUAUGCUAGGAAAACGUUAAAAGCUAGCACAUGUAUUCUACACGUUGGGUGGUAUAGCAAGUAGUUUUGUAGAGGAAAGAGCCUGAGUACGAGGUUGGUUUUGGAGCCCUUUGUAUGAGAUGCCGCGAGGUCAGUGCCACGAGUUGUUGAGCUGCCGCACUGAUCAUGCUGCCGCACUGAUCAUGAGAAUGAUGUCACAAUAGGUGAAACAAACCUGAGCAAGUUUAGGCAAACGGACAAUAUUGGAGGGUGCAUAAAAAUAUGUAUGAUUUUCGUACGAUUAAGAUCCAUUAUGAUAUAACAUACACGGGGUUUGAUUCGUGCUUUCGACAAACUUUAAUUUUUGCGAACUAAAUCAAAUGUGCCUCACUUGGCGAACAUUUACUCAUCGAAAUACUGAGGCCUGUAGCAGAGUACGUACAGUAUAUCAACAGACACAUCGUCUAAGAAUCGGACGUUAAUCCUCACCAAAGCAAUAUAACCAGAGAAAUUUCUGUGAUUGCUGUCGAAUAAAGACCGUGCUUACAUAUAGGGCCCCUAUUGACAAGUUACCUUAUAUGUAUUUUUUAAUUAUUUUUAUUAUUAUAAUAUUGGGUAAAAUUUAUGUGGACGCCAGUUGCGGAAUAGCUACUGUGAUGAAAAUGCUUAAUUGAAGCUAAUUUAAAUGAUAUCGCCAUGUCGUUAUUUGUAUGAUAUCGAUAUGGCAAUGUCGUUAUUUGAAAAGAAAUUGAUAUGGCCAUAAACCUUACCAAGUGAGGCACAUUUAGUUCGCAAAAAUUGAAGUUUAAUUAGGAUUAGCAUCCUCUCACAUUGGCGUUUGCCUCAACCAGUGAACUAUAAUUAAACUGGAACGAUAACUCCAGUGAUCAAGUCCUAUGAUUGGUUGAAGCCAAGCGCGGGAGCCAGGCGGGAUAAAUUUUAUCUUUCAAAGGACUAGGGAGAGUUUCGAGGAGCGGGAAAUUCAGUCAAAAGUUUGUUUUUGAGCAACAAUUAGCAAGAAAAAGUACUUUUUAUCAAAAGGCUUCAAUUUUAAAGAUUCAAACCUGGUUUCCUGGAUAGUUCUAAGUAUUUUACAUCCACUAACAGCAAAAACGUCCUGGGUAACAGUUUCCUAUUCAAAAUCAUACACAAGUUUGAACCACUGAGGUUUGAACGUCCCGAAAAAACUUCGCGCUUUGACUCCUAAGAAAACUAGAAAAGAACUUUAAAGCCGCUCUACGUUCUAGACAAACAUGUUUUGAAUUAAAUUUCAAGUAUUGUUGAACGUUUUAAGCUUUUUUCCUUGUUGAAAUACGGCUACUUAGUGCUCGAAACAGAACCUACAUGGCGGCCAUCAUGACUGGCUUCAAUCUCGUUCCCCGAGCCUGCGAUCCUCGGGAAGGAACGCGAGGCUCUGGGAUAAUCCGUUUCAGGGAGGAAUCUGAUUGGCCAUUGAAAUGGAAUGCGUAGUUCAAUCUUAGCCAGGAUUCUUGGCGUCCGGUAACGGAUUAUCCCAGAGCCUUCGAUUCCUUCCCGAGGAUCGCAGGCUCGGGGAGCGAGAUUGGACUGGCUUCAAAGAUGGCGGCAUAGUGUCGUUCCAGUUCCCUUAGAGUUCACUGGCCUCAACUUGCCCAGGUUUGUUACGUCACCUAUUAUGACGUCAUGAAUGAGGUAGCUCAUCUCGUGGCAGUUGACCGUGCGGCUAUUCAUUGCGGCAGCUCAAAAAACGGGCUCGAAAACUACCUACUAUACUACUCAAGGUGAUUGGGGUGAGGACUGAGGUUUGUAUUUCGUUGAAUAAUUCGCGCAUGCAUGUACUUUUUGAAAAAUAAGACGUCUAUAUUUUAUCGUAUUUUCAGGGUAUUUGAUUACAUGAAAUCUGUUCAUGCAUAUUUAACUGGAGCAAGAUACAACAGGUAAUAAGAGAUACUGCGGUAUGGGUUAACUGAAUUGUUUUAAAAUAAUUAGAUAGUAUAGUUAUCCUUACUAAAGGCCAUGUUACACGAGGCAAAUUGUUGCUACAACUGCGCUUUCGUAUAUAAUUGGCAUAGAAUAUCAUUGUCAUGCAUGAAUGUUUUGUGAAAGGUUGAAAAAGAAAAAAGCCUACCUAUAACCUGGCUACGCCACCUACAGUGUAUACUUAGUAAGUUUUUGCAACAAGAAAUAGUCAAAAAUCGGUUACCCUUUAAGGUGGUUCCCUUUAAUGGUUAUUUUAUAACAGAACUUGCAACUCGACAUGCAAUGACGCGCGAGGUAUAUAGCGGGCCAUUUCCAUUUCGAAUUCUUUGUCUGUGCGGGACGUGGGAACGUGUUUCAAUCUAUGCUGUAGAUUUCUAUCGCGGUAUAGUCUUAUGUUCGCAUGAAAGUUGAACUAUAUUCAACCUUUUUGGCGUGUCUGAUACUCACGUGACUUGAAUUGGCCUCUUGUCCCGCGCAACGCGAUCCUUUAUCACAAUCGGCAAGGUAUACAUUUACGAUAAAAUUGUUUUAAAGGUCUCGACUUGUUGAUGCGAAGUCACUGACAAAGCAUGGUCUAUAUGUUAGUAAAGACGGCCUGGGAAGUUUUAUAUUGGAUAAAGCGAAAGCUGAAUCUUCAGAACAUGGCAAGUCAUCGCCCGGUAAGUCUGGAUGUUAUAAAGUUCCUUUCUUGAAUAGCUGCAAACUUGAAAUCCAGGUUCUUUACAUCCGUUCCCAUCCAAACACCGACCCGCGUUUUUGGCGCUCGAACUAGACUUUCCCCAAGUCUGCCUUCCAAUUCCCAAAGAGGUUUUCAUUUGGAGUUUUUAAAAAAAAUUGAGCAGCAGACUUGGAGCAAGUCUUGGCGCUAACGGAUGUAAAAAGCAUGGCUUGCAAAGUUGCAAUAGCUGCUAAACAAUUUUUAUAACCGUUUACACGGCCAUGUGUUAUAACCAACUAAGAUCACUAUCAUUCCAGAUCAUGCAUGCGCAGCAUAUUCUAACAUAAUUUUAAUUGCAGACAUAACUUCUCAACAUUACCCAACAAAUCACUAACAUCAUAAACAUAACUAGGGGUGAGGCGGUUAAUCGAUAUAUUAUUUUUUAAAACCGAUUUAACCAAUGUUGCUUUCGGUGAUAAACCGAACCAAAAUCGGUAUUCAAAUGACGCUUUUGUAAUAGGCCUAGUACUAAAAGAGUGUUUAUACUAUCAUAGUUACACGGGUCCGCUAGUGUAAUUUGAGUUUACACAUGCAUGAAUUAUAUUUAUUAUAUAAACAUAAGUGUUAUAUAGAGUUUUUGGCCACUGAGAAAAAUCGUAUUUAAACACACGUAAAAAAUACGAUAUUUUUACGUGUGAAAAUAUUUUUACGUGUGUAAAACGCAUUGCCACGGACGUUUUAUUGUUUUUCACUGAAUUUUGUUUAUAUAAUAAACAGAAAAAUACAUGUGUGCUUGGAAAUACCAGAUUUAUUUCUCGUGUUGAACAUGAUAUCUCACUCGUUGGCUGCGCUCACUCGUGAGAUAUCAUGCGAAAUAAAUCUGGUAUUUCCGCGCACUCGCGCACCCAUGUAUUAUUCUCUAUAACGAUAACCAGCGAUCUAAGAACGGAAGGGCUUCGAUUCGCACGAGCUUGCAUGAGUAGUGUCCAUAGAUAUCUUAUAUACACUAGAUAGCGCAUCUCUUUAAGUUAAAUUGAAGCCAAGAAUAUUCCAGCGGUGACCCCCAUUUGAAUAGAUGGCGGCCAUGUUGGAGUUCCCCACUCGCUAAUAAACGCUUAAAAAACAACAAUAACUUUCAUCAUUUGAACAGUUUGAAAAUGUAUUUGGAAUAGGUUUAACUUAAUGUAUAAGUUCCCUCUUUUAAGAAAUAGAAAACAUACGAGUCUUCUCAUUUCAUGGGAAUAUCCUGAGUCUGCAAUCACGGCUUCAAUUUUUGAAUUGCAGAAUAAUUAGAUACACUAUAUCUAGUGUAUAUAAGAUAUCUAUGGUAGUGUCAUGCACAUUUUUAACUGUAGUUUCGAACGUCAUGUUUUAAAAAAAUCGGUUCACUCGUUUUUUUCGGGGGUUUUCGGUUUUCGUUUUUUUAUAAAAACCGCCUCACCCUAAACAUAACCCACAUCCCUUUUCAAAACCUCCGCCAUACACCAUGCAAUUUAAUGUCCUUGAAAGACUCCAGUUUUAUCAGAGCAUAUACUAACCCUUUGUCUCAUGCUUUUGGAAUUUUCAGUUCAAUUUUCAGAAAAAUAUCGUUUCAGAAGAAUUGUCAGAGUAAAAAUUUAUGAAAUCGUGACAUGUAAACCCUAUACAAAUGACACAUAUACACUAGUGGUUGUAACUUCUCUGUUACAACAACCAGUGUUUGCAACUAGUUUGUGAUUUGAAUUGGGUUUCGCCUUCUGAUUGUAUAAGCAACACAUCUACUCAUCUUGUAAACAUUACAUGUAGUAAUAAUCGUUCUGUUAUACAGAUGUACCCAGUGCAGCAUUGAAAGUUGUCGAAAGUCAAACAUCUCAAGUGAAUGUAGUCACUGUAGGAACAAAUACUGAACCGUAUUAUCUCAGUUUAAAUAAAUGGCGCGACGCUGAAUGGAACAAAGGAAAGAAACAUCUACCACCACAUAAAAAUGAGUAUAGAAGACUACUCAGUCCGAACAGAGUGAAACCAAUUAAAACACAGUACAUCGAUUAUAAUACUAUGGUAAAAUGAUAUCUAAUGUAAAGCCCAAAAAUGAAGUAUUUUAUUAAACGCGUGAUUAAGUAAAAGUUUCAGUCAAGGAUGCAUCAUCAAGGAGGAUAUUUUCUUCUUGCCACUGCAUUAGCCACAGGUUUUUAUACAUGCAGGUACUGUACAUAGAGCAAUAAGUCAUGCAACAAGCUGCUGAUAAUAUAGAUAUUGUGGGGUUACUAAAGGCGACACACUUUCCUUUUGGCUCUGUGGUCGUUUGUGCAUCUACUCAGCAUAACCUGGACCACUCUGUAGUAGUGCAAGUAAUAAAACAAAAAAGUCAAACCUAAAAGUAAUUUAUGAAUUCUCACUUGUACAAAAUAUAAUAUUUAUCAUUUAUAGACCUGGAGCGAGGGGAUUCAGCAAAAUAUUACCCGAAGUGAUGUAAAUGUAAAUACGAUGUUUUAUUUUUUGAUUAACGCAAGUAUUUGUCACUUCUCUUUCAAAUCACAUAUCGUUUGGAAUAUUGAUGAUAACAUUUUUCAAAAUUUUCGGAAAAAAAAGAAGUUUAAAAACUUAAUAAGAUCAUCACUCCAUGUAUAUUUUGUCGGCCAUCUUGUUUGCGUGAUCCCCGCGCGUGGUCAGUUUACGCGAAUCAUGUCACCUGUGCCUGGGAACAUGCUCAAAUCGCCGUGCGAUAUUAUUCAAGUCACCAGCUUACGUCAAAUACGGUGACGUAAGGCGUGUUUCGAUGAUAAAUUUCAAGCUCACGUGGCACAAACUUAGCUUUCUGAUUGGACACUGAAUUUGAGGUAUAAUACACACGUUCACAUGAAAUCGUGUGUAUGCCCAACGAUUUACGUUGUUAAUAAAGAAUGUUUGAUAUGUAUGAAUAUGCCUAAUAACUAUACAACCUCGGUCCCAGGGUACUAUACCGAUACGUACAAAAAUAUACAUCUAUGAUAUAAUUAAUUAAAUACAUGCAGCUUAUCAAUUCAGGUUGUCUUUAAACAGCCGUUCCUUGCGUUAUCAACAAUAUAGUAUUGUAAUUAUCAACCGUUAUCAACAAUAAGUUACUGGGUUGUAACCCUAACCCCCACCCUCUAACCCUAAAGCUGGUGAAGUUUGCCCAACCACCACCCCCUCCAUAAUAAGACAGUUACAUUUAUAACUAAAACUUUUGUCCAAUGCUUGUGGUUUUCUUUUCAGUGACAACCCAAUAACUUAUUGUUGAUAACGGUUGAUAAUUACAAUACUAUAUUGUUGAUAACGUGCGGAACCUCAGACCCUCGACCAGUGUUGCAGCACCGCUGCCAGAAAUUUUUCACGAAAUUUUUAACAAAAUCUUUUCGCAGGAAAUUUUCUUACAUCUAAUCGUCAUCCUAUAUACUGGAAUACCAUAUAAUUUAUCUAUUCUUUACAAACGGCGUUUUGCAAGUCGAGAUUGUCUUGUGCCGAGAUUGAAGUUUAUCACAAUGACACAUGCAUGUGCGCACCAAUACAUACAUUCUCUGAAAUCUACACUACAUGCAGGAGGUUUUAUAUUUAACUUACACAGGAUAUUUUUGUUUUUGAUUUUGCUUCCAGGAAGAGAAAUGUAUUUUCUAGGCUUGCCCUCGACAUUUAAGGGUCAAAACUGAAAAGCAGACGAGAUUUGGUAAGAAUGCAAAGAGAUGAAUGUGAUCUUCGCACGUAUAGAGAGGUUGACAACCUUCAUUGAAUUAACUGUAUAUAAAAAUACCUUAAUGAAUGUUCUUAUAACAGGGUGUAUCAGAAAAAGUAUAUAAUUUUGAAACGGCUGUCAAUUUCACAAAUCCCUUCAUUUCAUGAAAUUUUUGAUAAAUAUAGACCGUUUGGGUACUUAUAAUGUAGAAUAAACAAAAAAUUACAUAUUGUUAUUUUACUUUUUUACAACUAACAAUAUGCAAAUUAGGUAAAGGCGUGAAUUAAACAUGCGUGAUAGAUAGCAGCUAUUUAAAGGACUUAACAUUAAGUACUGUUUAAUAAACGAGCAGGAGUGUUUUAUUAGGUUUAAAGCCACGAGCGCGCAGCGCGAGUGGCUUUAGACCUAAUAAAACACGACCUGCGAGUUUAUUAAACGGCUUCAAACACGACUACAAAUUCAAUAGAUAUACUGCCUUAUUAGUAUUCUUUAUAUAAAGAAUUACUAAUGAGGACACGACUACAAUAGAUACUGCCUUAUUAGUAUUCUUUAUAUAAAGAAUACUAAUUAGGAGUGUUUUAUCAGGUUUAAAGCUACUGCACGUGACAUAUUAUGGUUGACAUGAUUUGCCAAUAAGCUUAUGAAUUAUUAAUGAGUGUUUGAAGUAAAUUUUAUGAUAUUUGGACCAUUGAUAACACACGCGUUUUAAACUUUUAAAUUUCGCGCGCAAGCUAUUUUUAAUGCUGUUAGAAAAGACCCCCCCCCCUGCUCUAGCAAAUUUAUCUUUACGAAAAUUUUUUGUUUAUUCUAGAUUAUAAGUACCCAAACAAUAUUUAUAAAAUUUGAUGAAAUGAACGGGAUUUGUGAAAUUGAGAGCCGUUUCAAAAUUGUCUACUUUUUUAUACACCCUGCAUAUACUAUGUUCAACAACCGUUUUCAUCAUUCUUUGGUUCAUUAUAUUCCUUGGUCUUCUUCACAAAACCGUGAUCAAUUAAACUGUAUGCCAUAUCAAUGAUAGAUUUUUCCAUCUCUAUUGGUGUUAUACCAAGCUCUUUUACCAUCUGUAUGAAAAUUAAUACAACAUAGUCCGUGGGAAUAAUCAG